AGGCCUGUACAGUAUCAGAAGACAUCAUGAGAACACAUAAUAUACAAUUACGAUGGUCUUCUGAGACAAAAAUUUAUUCUAAAACAAGGGAUGUUAUUGAAUUUGAAUGUAUCUCUGGAUAUCGUCGAAAGAGCCCGCCGCAUACAUUCCGAGCCACCUGUUGGGAAGGGAAACUGAUGUAUCCUGAAUGUUCGGCAAAAUCGUGUACCGACCGAACGCAACCUAACACCGACCGAGUGGACACUAACCAAGUCAAGGUUGCCACUACCGGGUCAAUAGACACCUGCAGGCGCCAGGAGCUCGCGCAGGCGCAGAGCCGGGCCGAGGGAGGGCGACGGAGCGGGAAUCCGCCCCGCCUUCCCCAGGCCCCGCCCGGCCUGCUUCAGUUCCCGGCCUUGCCACUAGGGGCGGCCGCGGUCCCCGCAGCGCCUGCCGCCGCGAAGCCGAGCGGCCCCGGUUUCCAGCCGGGCCCCUUUUGCAGCUGGGCCCCAGCGUGGCUGCCCCCAUGGCUGCGGGUCGGGAAGCCUCCGCGUUCUCGUUUCCCUGACAGCCCCGGCUUCUGUGCUCUCCUUCCCCUCCCCAGGCCACUCCAGCAGAGAUGUUUGCCAAGGCCUUUCGGGUCAAGUCCAACACGGCCAUCAAGGGGUCGGACAGAUCAGGUCUCUGCCUUAGUACCUGGAAAGGAAGAGCUCAACACUGUGAAGUUGUAUGCUCACAGAGGGGAUGCAGUGACUGUGUAUGUGUGUGGUGGUAACCCCAUCCUAUUUGAACUGGAGAAAAAUCUAUAUCCAACAGUAUACACCUUGUGGUCCUAUCCUGACCUUCUCCCAACGUUCACAACAUGGCCUCUGGUGCUCGAAAAACUGGUCGGGGGAGCAGAUUUGAUGCUGCCAGCCCUAGUGGUGCCCCCUGCUGGUCUGCCGCAGGUACAGAAGGGGGACCUCUGUGCCAUUGCCUUGGUUGGGAACAGGUACUGUGCCUGUCCACUGUGCCUUUGGGGGGAAAACUUAGGUAAAACUGGGGAAGGGGGUGGGAAAGGACAACAUCCAAAGCUUAUGGAUAAAGAUUAAAAGAAAAAAACGGAUUCUUCUUCCAAAAGCACAGAGUGGGCCAUGGGUAAAUGGCAGUGAGCCUGUAUGGGUGAUUGCCAGGAGUUGGGGGCUGAGAGAAAUAGGGAGAGUUUAGUCAAAGGAUACAAACUUUCAGUUAUAGGAUAAAUACAGUUGGAAGAUCUAAUGGAUAACAAGGUGAUUAUAAUUGGUAACACUAUAUUUUGUAACUGAAAUUUGUUAAGAGAGUAGAAUUUACGUGUUCUCCCACUGACCCCCGGCCAAAUAAGAGCACAAAAAACAAAAAGAAUAAACUUUGGAGAAGACAGCAUAUGUCUUUCUCACUCACUAUUUUAAAGUUACUUCCUAACACAAUGUGAUAGUGAAUAGUGAAUAUUCAACAAAUGUUUGUUAAAUAGAUAAAUGAAUAUUUAUGCCUGAUAGUUCUGUUUUGAUCUCACAAUAAAGCAAUAUGCUAUUCCUUGUUUGUUCUGUUUAUAAAAAU